GCGCCUCGGCGGCUAGGUCCCCGAGCCUGCGGGCCACGCGCCGCCGCCGCCGUCGCCCUCUUCGGAGGCGGGAGGGGCUGGUGGAGGAGGCGCGUCGUCGGAAGCCAUGUUUGUGGCGCGCAGCAUCGCGGCGGACCACAAGGAUCUCAUCCACGAUGUCUCUUUCGACUUCCACGGACGGCGGAUGGCCACCUGCUCCAGCGACCAGAGCGUCAAGGUCUGGGAUAAAAGUGAAAGUGGAGAUUGGCAUUGUACUGCUAGCUGGAAGACCCAUAGUGGAUCGGUGUGGCGUGUGACGUGGGCCCAUCCUGAAUUUGGACAGGUUUUGGCUUCCUGUUCUUUUGACCGAACAGCUGCUGUAUGGGAAGAAAUAGUAGGAGAAUCCAAUGACAAACUGCGAGGACAGAGUCAUUGGGUGAAGAGGACAACUCUAGUGGACAGCAGAACAUCGGUUACUGAUGUGAAGUUUGCUCCUAAACAUAUGGGUCUUAUGUUAGCAACCUGUUCAGCAGAUGGUAUAGUAAGAAUAUACGAGGCACCAGACGUUAUGAAUCUCAGCCAGUGGUCGCUACAGCAUGAGAUCUCAUGUAAGCUAAGCUGUAGUUGUAUUUCUUGGAACCCUUCAAGCUCCCGUGCUCAUUCCCCAAUGAUUGCUGUAGGCAGCGAUGACAGUAGUCCAAAUGCAAUGGCCAAGGUUCAGAUUUUUGAGUACAAUGAAAACACCAGGAAAUACGCAAAAGCCGAAACUCUCAUGACAGUUACUGAUCCUGUACAUGAUAUUGCGUUUGCUCCAAACUUGGGAAGAUCUUUUCAUAUUCUAGCAAUAGCAACCAAAGAUGUCAGAAUUUUUACAUUAAAGCCUGUGAGGAAAGAACUUACUUCCUCUGGUGGGCCAACAAAAUUUGAAAUCCACAUAGUGGCUCAGUUUGAUAAUCAUAAUUCUCAGGUCUGGCGAGUAAGUUGGAAUAUAACUGGAACAGUGCUGGCCUCUUCAGGAGAUGAUGGCUGUGUAAGACUGUGGAAAGCUAAUUAUAUGGACAACUGGAAGUGCACUGGCAUCUUGAAAGGUAAUGGGAGCCCAGUCAAUGGGAGUUCUCAGCAAGGAAACUCAAACCCUUCCCUAGGUUCAAAUAUUCCAAGUCUUCAAAACUCAUUAAAUGGAUCUUCUGCUAGCAGAAAGCACAGCUGAGUACAAGCUAACUGGAGUAACUCUGCUGUUUUGCUGCUUGUUGCAUGCACACAGGAAUGGGACGCCAGCUCCUUUCCCCCUUCCCCAGCGCCGUUUGACCUCUCCCAGGACACACCAGCAGCCUGCUUACUACUAAACGCAGCCCCAAAGGCCUUUAGAAAUGCAGUUAAUAUCUUUUUUUUUGUAUAGUCAGUUUAUUGACACUAUUUGAAACUCUUGAGAUUUAAAUGGAGAGGCUUUUUGUUGAGACAUUGACACCAAAACAAUUUUUUGAAAUGUUGCUGAAACUCAGUUGGAUUUGAAAAUUAAAAGGAUUGUUAAAUCCUUAUAACUGGUUGGGAGGAGGAAAGAUACCAUUUUAUUCCAUUUGGAGAAUAUAGAUAUAUUUCUUUUGUUUUCUAAAUAAGCUAAACAUGAUGAAUUUUUAUAAUUUUAAUUCGAAGAUUGAAUAAAUAUUUUUCAUAAAGAUUGUUUUGAGUGCUAAUUUGUUUACCUUUUGUAGAAUUGCUUUAUAAAUGAUAUUAUUUCAUACAACUGUCAUUCCUUUGUAAUAUUUAAAAAGUAGUAGUAAAUGAGGAAAUUAGCAAAGUAGUAUUAGUAAGAUGAAAGUAAUUUGACUGUACAGUUUGUAGCCAAGUGGAGUGUUUGGUAUUGUUUCAUUCAUAAUUUGGUGGAAAAUGGAAACAGCUUUAUAUGUUUCCAAUUCAUAUUCACUAAAGACUUAAAUGUUUCUGAUAUGUGCAUGUAUAUUUUUGUGAUGUGAUUUCAUGGCUUAAAGUUUCCUUCAAGACACAAUUUGGAAAUAUAAUCAGUUACAGUUUUGCUAAAAGUGUGCAUGCAAAUUAACUUACAAAUCCCAUGUCUCAGGACUUCCUUUAGUUUGCUGUUUCAGUGUGUUCAUAUCCUCUAAGGCUCUGAUCUUGAUGACAUAGCUAUAAAUCUUUACAUUUGCUAAAAUGCAUAAGUAUUACGGGUAAGUUAUACAGUGGCGCAAUAAUGAUAAUAGGGCAUAAUAAUUCUUUGAGUCCUUUUACAUAUCAAAAUUCUGUAGCUAUUUUAAGGUUUUUGCAGAAAAAUAAGUAUAUUUAAUGAUUGUAUUUCUUCAAAAGUAUGUUGCAGUAGCCAGAAAUACAAUGUGAAAGUGUAUUCAAAUUGGUUUUCAGUAUCAUGUAUGCACUAAAAAAACGUGUGCCUGCUGCUGCUACAGAUGGAGCACUGCUCUCAGCGAGAAAGCACAUUAGAUUGCCAAUUUACAGAAUGGCAUCAGACAUAUUUCUGAGAGGUUAGACAACGUUUUAAAUUUAUAAAAUUACUGUCUUUGUAACAUUCAUACUGAUAAUUUCUUUGAUAUUUUAACAGAUUGUAUUUCUUCCCUUCAAGUUUCUAUACUUGCUUAAGCAGUCUUGAUUUGAGUAAGGGUCUUGGUUUGUGCUAUUAUGUUCUGUUAGUUUGGCAUGAAUAUACUAAAGCUUUUUUUUCCAGCAUGUGUUUUCUCCUCUUUGGUUCUCUUUGUAUUUACUACUUUUCUCUUUUUCUUCUGUUUUGUUUUUUUCUUUUCUUUUUUUUUUUUUUUUCCUGUUUUGUUUUGUUUUGUUUUGGUGUUUUGUUCCUGUCUCCGUUGUUUCAGGUAUUUCUUUCCCCCUCUGGAUUCCCCACGGGCUGGAUCGAGAUGGUCCAGUUAUGCCCAGCUCCUUCCUCCUCCUCCUCCUCCUCCUCCUCUGCUAGAGCCCUCUUGCGAUGCUGACACUGCCAACCUCCAGUAUCCUCACCCUCGCAGACGAUCUCUCUCUCGGCCUCUUAAUCCCUUACCUGAGAAUGAAGGGGUUUAAAACACUGACUUAAUAUUUAAAGGCCUUAUUCAAAUGCUUGUAAAUGCUUUCAUUCCUGGCUGCUUUUUGUUUUUCUUCUUUUUCUUUCAGAAGACUUUUCUUAUUUAGGGUCUGUCUUGCAUGUAUCACAACCAGAACACAGUGUUUGGAACCUAAACCUGUUUGUGAGUCUGCAUCAAAGGAACAUUGGCUUCACUGGUUGAUAACCUUUGAUGAAAUGUGUACAAAUAACAUCAACUGUGAAAAUUACACAGUAGCUGACUUCCAAGUGCCUGUUUUGUAAAUUUUAUUUUGAAUUGUUAUCAUAGUCUUAAAUUCUGCUUUGUCAUACUGGUUAAUGUGAAAACAUCAUUAUGGAAUUCAUUCUGCCUUUGAGACAUAUUAAGAAAUGUUUUUAAUUUUUACAGGCUAAAUGUUGUGACUAAUGUGUAAAAUAAAUCAUUCCUGUGUAUAAAGCAGCAAAACAAUAUGGAUAUUUUGUCUUUUUUUUUUUUUUUUUUUAAGGAAAUUGUCUUUCACUACUUGGAAUUUCUAUUUAAAGCCUCUGUAAUUAUUAUCCAAGUAGUUAUUUAAUAAAAUCUAUUUUAAAAGACA